AGUUAUAGACAAGCAUCAUCUUGGAUGUUACACCUGCAGAGAGCGGGAGGAUCAGAGGGCUCCAUAAGGAUUUGUCUGGGUAGCGGAGCAAUACCAUGGUUCUCUGCAUAGGUUCACAGACUCUUCACUGAGUUAUAUGCCUCUGAAUACUUAAUAAAAUUGUCCUUUAUUUUGUGUGUAUUUCUGUAAGCAGAGAAUGCUUUCACUAGUCCCAUGGAUGGUAUGGGUCUCGUCUGUCUGCUUUCUACAAGGCAGGCCUGGGUCCUGUAAGGAGAUUAAGCUACCUAGCAGGGUAGGGAAGGCCCCUUCCCCAUCUGACUUUCUGGAUAAACUUAUGGGAAGGACAUCUGGGUAUGACGCCCGCAUUAGACCCAACUUCAAAGGUCCUCCUGUGAAUGUCACCAUUAACCUCUUCAUCAACAGCUUUGGAUCCAUCACAGAAACCACAAUGGUGAGGGUCUUUUCACUAUCGUCAUCCACCUUUCAUCCAAACAGUGGCUGUUCGCUCCAUUUAAUAGUCUCUUUUAUACAAUAACUACCAUAGGAUUAUCGUCUCAAUGUGUUUCUACGUCAACAAUGGAAUGACCCGCGACUGGCCUAUAAGGAGUACCCUGAUGACUCUCUGGACCUGGAUCCUUCCAUGUUGGACUCCAUCUGGAAACCUGACCUUUUCUUUGCCAAUGAAAAGGGGGCAAACUUUCACGAAGUCACCACAGACAACAAACUGCUGCGGAUAUUCCAAGAUGGGAAUGUCCUCUACAGUAUCAGGUUAACUCUGAUCCUGUCCUGCCCCAUGGAUCUGAUGAAUUUCCCCAUGGACAUUCAGACGUGCUCUAUGCAGCUGGAAAGCUUUGGCUACACCAUGAAUGACCUGUGUUUCCAGUGGCUGGACAUUGGCCCUGUCCAGGUGGCUGAUGACCUGAUGCUUCCUCAGUUUGUGUUGAAGGAGGAGAAAGACUUGGGCUACUGCACCAAGCACUACAACACAGGUAAAUUUGCCUGCAUUGAGGUAAAGUUCCACCUGGAGAGACAGAUGGGCUACUACCUGAUCCAGAUGUACAUCCCCAGCCUGCUAACCGUUAUCCUCUCCUGGGUCUCCUUCUGGAUCAACAUGGAUGCCGCCCCAGCUAGAGUGGGCCUUGGUAUCACCACAGUGCUCACCAUGACAACCCAAAGCUCUGGGUCCAGGGCAUCCCUGCCUAAGGUGUCUUAUGUGAAGGCCAUUGAUAUCUGGAUGGCUGUGUGUCUUCUUUUUGUGUUCGCUGCACUGCUGGAGUAUGCAGCAGUAAACUUUGUUUCACGGCAGCACAAAGAGUUCUUCAGACUGAGGAAAAGGAUCAAAGAACAACAGCGGCAGAGAACUCAGAGAAGUGGAAGUGGGGAGAGCAGCCAAGUGAAAGGUAACAACUUGCCAGGCAACAACUCCUCCCAGGGGACCCUGCCUGGCCCUCAGCAAUGCAGCGUCUGUGCCAGGGAGCAGGAGCUGGUGGAGCAGAGCCAAGCCUAUUUUCUCCAUAGUUAUGGAGUAGCAGGCGAUGCACCACCAGAGAUGGACGCCCCGAUCUUUCAGGCCUUACCUCAUGGGUUCCCACUGUAUGACAUCCGCAGGCAGUUUGUAGAUCGGGCAAAAAGAAUCGACACCAUAUCUAGGGCUGUGUUCCCUCUGAGUUUUCUCUGCUUCAAUGUUUUCUAUUGGCUCACCUACAAAGUGCUGCGGAAUGAAGCCAUCCGAGCUACUCUGUGACAAACCAACACGAGGACUGAAUUACAGCACUAAAAACCAAUACGGAGUUGAACCUAGUCUUCCACAGAACACUGUUACAGACAAUGUCAAAUCCAUUCAUUGUGCCAAUGGAAAAAUAAUUGACUGCAUGUCCAGUUCCAUUAAUUUUUUCACUAAAGUUAGCAAACCUGAUGUAGUCCAAGUGUCAUCCUUAAGGGGGCAAUCUGCAGUUUCCACCCCGCCACUGAUUUGGUAAACAACCAUGGGAUUAGGCUGGAGAGAUAUAACCACUCAAAUGUGUAGACCGCUAUGGAUGCAGUUAAUGACCCUCCAUGAUAAACUUAAGAAUGUUUUAGGCUAGUGCUUUAAGAAUCAAAUGAGUAUAUCUAAAUUAAGUCCAAAAAUGUGCCAAACGCAUAUUGCCCCUUUAACUUUCUAUUUUUUACAAUUCCAAUGGAAUGCACUAAUUAGCAUAAAUAUUGUAGUCCUUGUACUAUGGAUACUUUUAAUGUCACUCAUGGAGCAAACACAAGCCCAGAUAUUGAGGCAGGACUGCAUGGAAAUGUUGGAUUCCCCCCCCCCCCCCCGGAAUUGUAUUUUGUAGUCGUUUCUGCCACAUUACAGUAUUGGCAAAUUGUUAAUAAAUCCCUACAAAUGAUUUCAACCUAAUAUGGAAUACUAUGUAAUGGGACAGUACUAUUGGUACAUGAAUCAACAGAAGUGAAUGCUGGACAUUUUGAAUUGUCUAGUUAGGCGAUGUUCUUCGUUAAUUGUCUUUCUUUUCUUUAUGCACCUCGUCUUGGAUGUUUUUUUUUCCAAUGUCAAUGGCUAGUGUGAAAAUGAAUAAUUUGUUUAAAUAUAAA